AUGGCGAGCGUGCUAAGAGGCCCGUUACCUGCAACACUGUGGAGCUGUACCAUGUUUAUUUCCGUCAUGUUACAGUACCAAAGGGGUUGUGGCGAUGUGUCUAUUCCUGAAGACAGAUCAGGCAAUAAUGGCAGCGGAGGUGGAAGUGGAGGCCAGUGUGGGCAGCGAGUACCCAGCACAUUACAAAGUCAUGAUGGACAAACUUAACGAACAGCGACAGCUGGAUCAGUUUACAGAUAUUACCUUGAUAGUGGAUGGACACCAGUUCAGAGCCCAUAAAGCAGUGCUGGCAGCAUGCAGUCAAUUUUUUCACAAGUUUUUUCAGGAUUUUACCCAAGAGCCACUGGUAGAGAUAGAAGGUGUGAGCAACACUGCCUUUCGUCAGCUGAUGGAGUUCACAUACACAGCCACACUAGCUGUAGCUGGUGAAGAAGAGGCAUAUGAUGUCUGGAAAGCAGCUGAGUAUUUACAGAUGCAGGAAGCCAUCAAAGCGCUCAACAAUAAACUGAACGAAAGCUCUUCAUUGACAGCAAGGAGCAAAGGAAAAAAGAGGAAAAUUGCUGAGACAUCGAAUGUGAUUACAGAAACUCUACCCUCAGUGGAAGGGGAGCAGGUGCAGAUUGAAGUUAUAGGUGAAGGGCCCAUUGAGGUGGAGGAGUCGGGGCUGGAGGAAGUGGUUGACGCGGCAAAGAAUGCUCAAGCGGCAUCAGAUGAUUCUGCUUUGGCUCUUCUUGCUGACAUAACUAGCAAAUACCAGCAAGGGCAACCAACAAUACAGGUGAUCAAGAAAGGAGGAAUAGAAGAGCAUGAGGUUGUGUAUCAUGAGGAAACGGUGACUGCCUCCAAGGUGCUGGAGAAUGUCGAGAUUGUCGAGGUCCAGAUUUCUCAAGCAGACAACAUGUUCCGUUGCAACAAGUGUGACCGCAGCUUCAAGCUGUACUACCAUCUUAAACAGCACUUGAAAACACACCUGGGCUCGCUGGAGAAGCCCCACGUGUGUAACCACUGUGGUAAAGCUUACACACGAGAGGGUGCCUUGAAGCAGCACAUCAGCACAUUUCACUUUGAUGCCGAGGAACUGUCUCGAAACCAGAAACCCCAAAAGAAAGUGCAUGUUUGUGAAUACUGCAAGAAGCACUUUGACCACUUCGGACACUUUAAGGAGCACUUGCGAAAGCACACAGGCGAAAAACCUUAUGAGUGUCCAGAUUGUCAUGAGCGAUUUGCACGGAAUAGCACACUGAAGUGCCAUAUGGCAGCCUGUCAGAAUGGGGCGGGAGCCAAGAAGGGACGGAAGAAACUCUAUGAGUGCCAGGUCUGCAGUAGUGUGUUCAACAGCUGGGACCAGUUCAAAGACCACCUUGUGAGCCACACCGGAGUCAAGCCCAACCACUGCACCAUAUGUGACAUGUGGUUCACCCAGCCGAAAGAGCUGAAGGCACACCUCAAAGAGAUCCAUUCCAUUGAGGAUAAGUUAAACGACGAACUGGUCAUUACCGACUCUGCUGCAACCGCUGCUCUCACCAUAGCAGCACAGAACAUGGAGGGAGCCGAAACUGUCCUGUUGGAAGACGGCAUUCAGGUUGAACACGUCACAGUGGAGCCUGUAGAUGUGAUGGAGAUGGAAGAGACUGCCACGGUUGUAAUGGAGGAUGGAGGGGUGGCGGAGAUGUGUGAGGAGGACAUGGAAAGAUUAAAACAGGCUGGAGUGCAGAUCCAGGUUGUACACGUGACCACAACUGAAGUUGACGGGCAGCACGUGGUGAACUCUCAGGUGGAAGUACAGAUGGAGGGAGAGAUGGUGAAUGUUGAGGAAGCAGAACAUGCAGCGGUUGUAUGAGAAUGUGAAAAAGAAUCUUUAAUGAACUGCUGGACACUCUUAGUCCCUAACAGCUUUAUUCUCCUGCAAUGGACAUUUUAUUUUUGGUACACAUCUCUGCAUGUGAGAAGCCGCAUGUCACCUCAGUACUUCCUGAUGUCUGUUACAUUGAAUGUCAGUUCCCACCGCCUUCACUGCUAUGGACAGAGUUAUCAUUGUCUUGCUGUAGGAGCUGUUUGCCAUCGUAUGCCAUAUUCUCGAUGUCGGCAGUCCUUCAUCAAUUCAUUUUUGUGUUUUUCUUCAAAUGUUUUGUUUUUUGAACUUGGGUCACUUUCUAUGAUAAAUUGACACAGAUGUUGCUGCAGCUCAUAUGCUGCAGAUUCCUCUUGUUGUUAAUAAUGAUGUUUAUUUUAUUAACUUUCGGUGGUUUGUAGGGGGAAAAUCAGCUAUGAAAUAAAACUGGUUUCAAGAGUGGGCUAGUUCUCGAUCUUUAUACUUAGAUCUUGAAGAUUAAAAAAUUAACACUGUUUAUAAAAACAAAAACAAAA